AUGGACAGCAGGAAUAAGUCUUCAGACACGGACUUCAUCCUCCUGGGCCUCUUCCCUGGCAUGAACCACGUCACCCUCCUUGUCUCUGCCAUCCUCCUGAUCUACACGGUGGCUCUCACUGCAAACUCUGCACUAAUUCUUCUGAUCUGGGUGGACUCUCGCCUCCACGCACCCAUGUACUUCCUGCUCAGCCAGCUGGCUCUCAUGGACCUGACCCUAAUCUCUAGCACCGUGCCCAAGAUGGCAGCCGACUUCUUCUUGGGGCAGAGAAACAUCUCACGGCUGGCCUGUGCAGCUCAGAUCUUUUUCUUUCUGACUCUAGGCAUUGCUGAGUGUAUCCUCAUCACCUUCAUGUCCUAUGACCGGUACGUGGCCAUCUGCAACCCUCUGAGAUAUGCCCUCCUCAUGAGCCAGAGGGUCUGCCUGCAGAUGGCUGCCAUCUCCUGGGCUGGGGGUGCCUUUUUAUCACUGGCACACACUGCCUACACCAUGCACUUCCCCAUCUGCGGUUCCACAGAGAUUUCUCAUUUCCUUUGUGAGGUCAUGGCCAUCCUCAAGCUGGCCUGUGAGGACAUCUCUGCCUACGAGAAGGCUGUAGUGGUGACCAGCAUUAUGGUGCUCCUCAUUCCCCUGUCCCUCAUCUUGACUUCAUACAUGCUCAUCUUCCUUGCCGUUCUCCGCAUGAACUCCCCUGAGGGCAGAAACAAAGCCCUGGCCACCUGUUCCUCUCACCUGGCUGUGGUCAGCCUCUACUUUGGCCCAGCCAUGCUGGUCUACAUGAGGCCGAGUUCUUACCACAGCCCCAAGCUGGACCAGGUCCUCUUCUUGCUUGGUGCCAUCCUCACCCCCAUGAUGAACCCCCUCAUCUACAGUCUGAGGAAUAAGGAGGUGGUGGGGGCUCUGAAAAAGGUGCUGGGAUGCUGUCCAACCUCACUGUAG